UUAUUUUUUUUUUAAAUAAAGUCUAUAAAAAGAAUACUAACAUUAAAGGAUAUUUAGAUAUUUUUACAUGGAAAUGUGUAAGGUAAGGUUUAGUGUGUAAAAAUUUGGGGAGAAUUAAGUUUUGUGAAGUUUGUGAAAUAAAGCUAUAGCUCAAGGACAGAACUGAGCAGAAUUAGAUCUUUAAGAGCGCACAAACAUUGAGGUUUCACUCAAGACCAGACGCAAAGAAAGCUGACCUUUGUAAAUGUCAUUGCUUCAUAAAGACUAUAAACAUGACCGGAAUAGUAAAUUAAUGUGGUGAGUUGUGCCACUUAAGACCUGAUAUAUACAUACUUUACCUCCAAAUUCUGAGAUGAACCAUUCUUAAGUUUCAGCACUUUGCUGUUUUAGCAUGCCAAGGCACUGAGGAGAGAGAGGAGGUUCGGCCAAUAAGCACCAGCAAAGGAGAGAAGGACAGAGGAUCUGCGUAUGGGAGAGAGGUCCUGCAUGUUGUGGAACGUCAGGAGGGAAGUGAGAGCGUGUUAAAGACAGAUGGUCUCUCAGUGGAGUUGUUCUUUUUUCUCUCUCUUUUUCUCACUCUCUCCUGGAUGCUGCUCCCCUCAGCUGAAAGAGAUCCAAAGUGUUACAUCAUGAUCUUCAUCCUUCACUGCUCCUCUUCAUCCUCCCCCACACAAGCAUACCUGUUGGCUUGCAGAGCUCUUCUUAUCCACUCCCUCUCUCUUUGUCUUCUCACAGGUUGUCUAUGAUGAUGGAUUUAGGAUGAUGAGAAACCUCUAAGUGUCCUUGCCUUUGGUCCCCUACAGGCAAUUUAACAAGCACAGAAGCAGCUCUUCUUCGGGAAACUGUGACAGACAGGAGGGUGACGACGAAAUAGCGAGACAGAGAGUAAAAGUAAGACGACCUACUCGAUCAAAGUGUAGGGAACAUUUGCAACUAACUUCGUCUGAGAUAUCACAAGCUGAAAUAAUAAGACAAUGCUGACCAGCUCUGGGUUGCCAAUGCUAAUACUAGCUACACUUCUGCUAAUCGGCCCUCCAGUGGUCAGAGGGCAAAAUGACACGGAGCCCAUAGUACUGGAGGGGAAAUGCCUGGUGGUCUGUGACUCCACACCCUCUUCAGAACCAGCAGGUAAUGCGCUGGGGAUGUCCGUGCGAUCAGGUACUGGACGUGUGGCCUUCUCCGCCACACGGCAAACCAACCACGAGCCCACAGACAUGAGCAAUCGCACCAUGAUCAUCUAUUUUGACCAGAUCUUGGUGAACGUUGGUGGUCAUUUUGACCAAGAGAGCAGUAUCUUUCUUGCUCCGAGGCGAGGGGUGUACAGCUUCAACUUCCAUGUGGUGAAGGCAUACAACAGGCAAACCAUACAGGUGAGUUUGAUGUUGAACGGAUGGCCAAUGAUCUCAGCCUUUGCUGGAGACCAGGAUGUGACACGAGAAGCAGCCACAAAUGCUGGGCUUGUGAUCAUGGAAAGAGGAGACAAGGCCUACCUCAAGCUAGAAAGGGGCAACCUAAUGGGAGGCUGGAAGUACUCUACUUUUUCAGGCUUCCUGGUCUUUCCAUUAUGAAGGGAAGAUGUGGAGGAGAGAGCACGACAUGCUCUCUGGGGAUUAUUAUUAUUAUUAUUUAUUUAUUUUUUUUCAAAAAUGGAAGUCACAGAAAAGGUCAUAUUUGUUCUUCCUCUUUUUUGUGGCAGUGCACAGAACAUGAGAAGUAAAAUGUUAUAUUUAAAAAUUAUUUAUAUUUUAUUAUUUUAAAAAAUAAGAUGAGACAUGAAUAUACAGUAUUUGAAAUUAUGUAUAUCAGAGGUUUCACAAACUUCAGUUACUGAAAUCACUUUUAAUUCAAAUAUGGCUUAUCGACUUGAUGUGAGAUUUCUGUUUCUCAUAUGUUUGCCUGCUUAUGGAGCUGUAUGUUGUGUGUAUUAUAAAGCUUUUUAAAAAUAAAUCUCAUUAAAUCGAA